AUGGCACCGGAGGACAUGGACAAGAUGGUCUUUGUCACCCUAUGGGGAACUUUCUGUUACAAAGUGAUGUCCUUUAGGCUCAACAACGUUGGGGCAACUUACCAGCGGGCUAUGGUAGCAUUAUUCCAUGACAUGAUGCACAAAGAGAUUGAGGUCUAUGUGGAUGAUAUGAUUACCAAGUCAAAGACCGAGGAUGAACACCUUUCAGGAAAGUUGCUCGGUUUUAUCGUGAUCCAAAAAGGGAUAGAGGUAGACCCUGACAAAGUGAAGGCCAUCCUCAAAAUGUCCGAGCCACCCACCGAGAAGCAGGUCCGAGGCUGUGGAGUUGGGGCGGUUUUGGUUACCCCCGACGAUCAAUGUAUACCCUUCACGGCUAGGUUGGGUUUUGACUGCACAAACAACAUGGCUAAGUAUGAGGCGUGCGCCCUUGGGAUCCAAGCGGCAAUUGACUUCAAGGUCAAGUUGCUCAAGGUAUAUACGGACUCAGCCUUGGUAAUCCACCAGUUGAGAGGAGAAUGGGAGACCAAUGAUCAUAAGUUGAUACCCUACCAAGCCUACAUCCAGAAACUGACAGAGUUCUUCGAUGACAUAUCCUUUCAUCACAUUCCUAGAGAGGAGAAUCAGAUGGCUGAUGCCCUUGCCACUCUAGCAUCCAUGUUCCAACUCACCCUGCACGGGGAUUUUCCAUACAUCGAAUUCAGAUGUCGCGGCAAGCCCGCACACUGUUGCUUGAUAGAAGAAGAGUAA